GCCGUGGAGAGGUUGCGUGACGACAGCGCAACAGGUUGUCGAGAGGUUUUAUUUUCAUUCCCGGCGGUGAGCAGAGUGAUCUCUCCAUCAUUAUUUUAAAAGCAGCGGCUACACAAACACAUGGUGAGAAGUCACUGAAGCGGACCUGUCUCUGACUGCUGACCGCUGAAGACUGGACAGCUUUAUUUUGUCUGUGAGCCACAAUGAAUUCCCUCUCAGCAGAUAGAAAGACUCCAGUGGACUAUGGUGUCCAGAUCCGCUUCAUCAAAGACCUGGAAGAUAUGGGUGGAGGCUAUGCAGAGAGAAGUCGGGGUGUUGGAGGAGCCGGAGCUGCUGGUGGCAGUGGGACUUCUCCAUCCUCUUCAUAUGGGGUUGCAGUGAGGGUUCAGGGCAUUUCUGGACAGCCCUAUGUAGUGCUGAAGGAUGGAGAGAAGGGUGACUCAUAUGGAGUACAACUCAAGAGCCAGCCCCAGACCCCAAUUCUUGGACGUUCAUCUCCAUAUAACAGCCUUCCACCGAGGCCGCGUGAUAUUGCUCAGACUCCUAAAGACCCUUACAGCUCAGCUGGGCCACCAGCUUCCCCAGAGGAAGAGAUGGUCGAAUUUGGGAGCCCUUUGAAGAGGCCACCUGGUGAUGGGCAAGCAGGAAGUCAGGGAGAUGGAGAAAGAGGGACUACAGAAAAUUCUGUAUCUGCUCCUUCAUUAAAAGACCCUGAGGAGAAAGACCUUGGAGAGCUGAAUGAAGCUGGUCUUCGACCAGUGCGACAGAAUGGAAUUGGUGGAAGUGUGAAUGGAACAGAUGCUGUUGAGGAAGAGCCAGUUGAAGCCAUCGACACACAAUCCUUAGCACCCAUUAAUAAACUUAUCAGUAAAUUUAACAGCAGUGCCACCUCCACCAUGCCAAGCCGGAUCAGAGGGCGCUCUAAAGCUCGAGCAUCUCUGCAGUUUGAUGAGCAAAAACGUUCACACAGCUUGGAUGCCCGCAAGGAGAAGGAAGAAGAGCCUCCUGCCUCACCAACCGUAAACCCCUAUGGUCCUACAGUAAACACCACCUCAAGCUCCAGUCUUACCUCACCCAAACCUACAAACUACUACAGUCUUGGCCAGAGCUCUCCUUCCAUAGCAAAGGUGCCUGCUGUUCCUGCCUCAAAGGCACCUACUGUUAAUAAAAGUCCAAGGAUGUUUGUUUCAAAUGAAGUGCCACCUGCUCUAUCACAGAAACAGGUAACUCCUGAUCUUCUGAGCCAAAGUCAAAGCACAGAUUCCAUUAAUGGAGGUGAAGCUCAAGAAAAACAGGCCAUCUACAAAGUGCUCAGAGAAGGGUCUGUGGAGAGCGAGGCUUCCCUGAGACGAAAAGCUAAUCUCAUUCAUGAGCUGUACAGAGGGCUGAAGGAGGAAAACGAGGCACCAAACAAUCACUUACAUCAGGAGCUUGAUCAGACCAGGAGAGAACUGCAGCAUGCUCAGGACCGCUUGGUGGAGCUGCGCUUGGAGAAGGAACGGGUCGAGUCUCGCUGUCAUCAGCAGGAGGAUCAGCUGGCACGGCUUCAGGAGGAGCUGAGGAGAGGGGCGGAGAGCGAACCUCACACACGCUCACUGCACACGGACGUGCUGACGCUGCAGACCGAGCUGGCUGAGGCAGUGAUGCUGAGGCAGCGGCAGGAGGACACGCUGCGCAUGAGAGAGAGGGAGCUCACUGCACUGAAGGGGGCGCUGAAGGACGAGGUGGCUGCUCACGACAGGGAGAUGGAGACACUGAGGGAACAGUACAGCCAGAACAUGGAGGCACUGCAAAAAAGCAUGGAGCAUGUGUCACAGUCACAGCAGGAGAUCGAGGAAGAGAGGCAGAAGGUCAACGCCUCGAUUCUGGCUCUGGAAGAGGAGCUGGACAGUUACCGGGAGCAGAGUGAGCACUGGAAGGAGCAGAUGACCGCCAUCAAACAGCAGAGCGGGCAGCACAGCGUGUUUCAAACACUGCUGCAGGCUCAGCAGGAAAAGAAGGAGCUUGAGGAGAAGCUGCUCAGCCUGAAGAAGCAGACGUGUGAAACAGACUCGUCCACUCAGGUUCAGGAGCUGCAGCGAUGUCUGGACGAUCUGACAGAGGCACGUUUACAAAUCCGUGAGCAGAAAGCCGAGUUGGAGAAGAAGGAGGAGGAGCUUAGAUCCCUGAGAAGAACCAGUCAAGACAGAGAAGACGAGCUUGAGGCUGAGAUCAAAACACUGCAGGAGCAGGUGAAGAAGGACAGAGAAGAGCUUUCCAAAGAGCUGGAGAAGAGACAACAGGCUUUAGCAUCCCCUCAGGAUCCUACAGGAGACGGCUCUCUGGACCUUCAAGAGGCCAACACUCGCCUCCGAGAGAGAAUCGCCCGCAUGUCCCUGCUGCAGUCCAGUCUGCCGGACACCGAGGCUUCAGAUGCUCUGGAGGAGGAGAACCGCUAUCUGAAGACUCAGCUGGAGGAAUCGCGGCGUGUCGCGUCCCGCCUCGGCCACGAGAGAGAGGAGAUGAGCCGCCAGCUGGAGGAGAGAGAGAGGGAGAGAGAAACCCUGAGGCGAGGAAAAGCAGAACUCCAGGAGCAGAAGAGACUGCUGGACCGAGCGCUGGACAAGAUGAACAAAGAUGUAGACCUGCUGAUGGGCGACUCUCGGCAGUCUGUGCAGAACCUGCAGGCUCAGCUGGAUGAGUUCAGAGAUCGAUCUCGUAAAGAGCUUCAGGAAUCUCAGAGACUCGGCAAGGACCGCCUGCUGGAGCUGCAGAGAACGCAGACCAGUCUCAAAGCAGCACAGGAUGAGGUGGCACGUCUGAAGAAGGACCUGCUGGUGUGUUCUGAGGAGAGGGACAGUGCUCAGCUGGAUAAGGAGCUACUGAGCAGUCGCCUGAAACACAAGGAGAGUGAACUGGACAGUGAGAGGAGCUCACAGACUGACCGCAGCAGAGAGAUACGACUUCUGGAGGAUAAAAUAAAGACGUUGGAGAUUGAACUGGACGAGGAAAAGACAGGAGCAGAACUUCUCAAUGAGAGAAACACACGCACCCGUGAGCAGGUGGAGCAGCUGCGCUCGGAGCUGAAGCAGGAACGCUCAGCCAGACAUGACCUGGAGAUGGAUAAGAGCUCUCUGGAGAGACAGGUAAAAGACCUGAAGUCUCGGUUAGCGGAUGUGGAAGGUCAGCCGAGAUCUACUGCAGGGGUCACUAUACUGGAGAGCAAAAUCCAGGAGCUGGAAGAUCGCUUACACAGCGAGGAAAGAGAGAAGAGUAGCAUCCUAGGAGCGCAGAGGAGGAUCGAGAGAAAAUUAAAGGAAGUGAAUGCCACACUGGACCAGGAGAGAAACCAGCAUGCUGAACAGCGGGACCAGCUCUCUCUGCGUGUGAAGGCACUGAAGAGGCAGCUGGAUGAUAGUGAGGAAGAGGUGGAGAGAUUAGAGGGAGUGAGGAGGAAGAUUCUGAGGGAUCUGGAGGAGCAGCAGGAGCUGAAGGACGUGUUGCAGGCCAAAGUCGGUGCUCUGGAAAACGAGCUCAGGAGGAAGAUCCAGCAGACACGGCGUCCCAUACUGGGCUCCACUCUCAGCUCUGAGGAAGAGGAUGGAAACUUCGACUCUAAAAGCAUCACGUCCAUCCUCACUGAGUCUCAGCUCCAGACCACCACCUGCUGAAGAGAGAGAGAGAGAGAGAGUGUGUGGGUGUGUGAGAGAGAGAGAGAGAGAGAGAGAGAGUGUGUGGGUGUGUGAGAGAGAGAGAGAGAGAGAGAGUGUGUGUGUAUGUGUGUGUGUAUGUGUGUGUGAGAGAGAGAGAGAGAGUGUGUGUGUGUAUGUGUGUGUGAGAGAGAGAGAGAGAGUGUGUGUGUGUGUGUGUGUAUGUGUGUGAGAGAGAGAGAGAGAGAGAGAGUGUGUGUGUGUAUGUGUGUGAGAGAGAGAGAGAGAGAGAGAGAGAGAGAGUGUGUGUGUGUGUGAGA